CGCUUUUUCAUUGGUUGCAUCACAGCUUUGCCGAGAAGUGAUGCGGUGCCCCUUCAACGCAGCAGCCAGAGGAAGUAACCCGGUUUGACGCUCGGUGUAUUUCAGUUUCGCCCUGACAUCAAGCUGCUACGCAGUCAUCAGCUACAUUCUAUCCAGCUAGCUCCGAUUUAAAACGUUCUUAUAUACAUAGUGAGGUCAUUCUAACUCAGGGUUACAUUCGUGUCGAGGGAUUGUAUCCGUCGUUGCGCAUAUUCGUUAACGUUAGUUGCUACAUUGACAGAAGCACAACAAUGGCACUGAAAAGAAUUCACAAGGAAUUAAAUGAUUUGGCUCGUGAUCCACCUGCUCAGUGCUCUGCUGGACCUGUGGGAGAUGAUAUGUUUCACUGGCAGGCCACAAUAAUGGGACCUAAUGACAGUCCAUACCAGGGUGGAGUCUUUUUCUUGACCAUCCACUUCCCCACCGAUUACCCUUUCAAACCACCAAAGGUUGCGUUCACCACACGAAUCUAUCACCCAAACAUCAACAGCAACGGCAGCAUAUGUCUGGACAUCCUGAGGUCCCAGUGGUCACCAGCCCUCACCAUCUCUAAAGUCCUCCUAUCCAUCUGCUCCCUGCUGUGUGACCCGAACCCAGAUGACCCGCUCGUGCCCGAGAUCGCCCGCAUCUACAAGACAGACAGACCAAAGUACAACAAAAUAGCUCGGGAAUGGACACAGAAAUAUGCAAUGUAGUCCUCAUGCCAGAGCGAGGGAGAAUCCGCCUUUAUAUUGAAAGGCUCGGGAGAUUUCAACGUAAAAGAAGAAAAGUCUGUCGGGGUUUCGUGUCGGUUUCCAUAGGAAUGAUUUCUUCGAGCCACGCCCUCUCUGUUCCCACGCACUUGACCUCUCACCCCCCCUCCGAACCUGUCCAGCUGCCAUUUUGUACAUAUUUCAGACUGCAAGUCGUAUACCUGGCCCAUUCCUGCUGUCUGUGUCUGCCACAAAGCCCCCCCCCCCUCCAACACACACACACACACAUUUAGGAACACUCAUAAUGUAAAAAAAAAAAACUAGCAAACAACAAAAAACAUUCAUUUUCUUUUGGACCAACGUAGGGGUUGCUUUUCAGACAUUGGCGGAUUUUAUGUCCGUGUCUUGUUUCUCGUUGAUGUUUCUCCCCCAUCUGUGUUGUCCUGUGAGAUGAUUUAGAUAGGGACAGUGAAGACUUGGAACAAUACACUUAUUUUUGUUAUAAUUUUUUUUCUUCUCCUGUCCCAGUCUGUUAUGAUAAAACGCCUUCAGUCUCACACUAUGGUUCUGGAAAGCUCUUGGACACGUUCUCCGCAUGGUAAGGGGAUGUCCAGGACCAGCCUCGCCCUCCCCCCCACCACUCUUAAUCACCGUCAUCUCGAUAGUAGCUUAUAAGAACCCAGGGAGAUUUCCGCAGUGUACAAGGGGCCACAGCAGAGUAAUGAGAUGGAUGUCUUUUGACGAAAGUAUCUGAAUUUGACAUCCAGGUGUGUGUUUUUUUUCCCCCCUCCACAUUAGUUGGUCAGAUGGCAUGUGAUGUUGACAUUUGUACAGAGAAAAGAACCAUUGUGAUCUAUUUUUUUCUUCUUCUUGUUUUCAGUCAGUGAAAGGUUUUGGGUUUUGGUUUUUCACCAGGUUCACACCGUUGCGUAUUUUUACGGGGCUGUCUGCAGAGGGCAGAGCGUAGCAGGACGUGCUCGUUCAUUGGGCCAGUUGAGCUUUUCACAAGUUUUGUGUCUGUGUUCUGGCAAGGUAAGACUUGCCUGUGGCCAUUUCGGAAAGUGAAUCCAACGCACUCGUGCACGGGGAUCGCGUCGAAACGGCCCCACACAGCCCGUCAGAAUACGCACGCGUGACGCAGGCGCUGGGGCGUUGGGACAUGUCUGUCCCCCCUUUGCGGUCAGCCAGAAGUGUGUUUUGAUCCAGUUAAAAUGUAUUGUCGCGUUGGGGUUAUACAGAAUUUGUGACGAAACAGUUCAUCAGUUAUCCAGCUUUAUCACAUUUUUACAAACUUCUUUUCUCAUGCGUUUCCAAAUCAUCGUCCUGAAGGGUAAAGAUUUGACUCUGGUAAACAAUAGGAAAGAAUGUUGCAUGCAAAAAAAAAGAAAAAUAA